UUGUGUCCAUGAUCCUGUGACCUGCGGAGAGCUCUGGCAGCCAUCAAAGUUUUAUUCAUCUAAGAGGUUAUGUUAUCUCAGCAAAAUUACUCUUUUCUCCUCAAAUAAAAAGUGUUACACCUAAAUAAAAGUACAUAAUGUUCCUUAUUCGGAGAGUUUUCUCACUGAGAGGAAGUCUAGCCUCGAAGCUGAUUAAAAAACAGUGUACAAAUCCCAGAAAAAUUGAUUCAACUCUAUUCUCUCGUGGCAUAACUUUUAGUCAACAAAGAUUGUGUGGUUCGAGGCUGCAACAGCAACCUAGUCUAGAAACCGAGGAGAAUACGUGUAAAAAACAGCCCCUAGCUCAAAUACAAGGAAGAUUAAAAUUAUCCUUCACGUGCAAAAAAUGUAAAACGAGGAACAGUAAAACCAUUUCAAAGUUAGGUUAUGAAAAGGGUGUUGUGAUCGUGCGUUGCGAUGGGUGCAAAAACAAUCAUCUGAUUGCUGACAAUUUAGGCUGGUUUUGUGAUAAGAAAGGCACAACGAACAUCGAAAAAAUUCUUAAGGAUAAAGGCGAACAUGUUCGCAGAAUACGGGAUGACGUUGAAGGUUAUUUGGAGAUUAUCACGAAUGAAGUUCUCCUCGAUGUUCAGCAGCAGCAAAAAUCAAAUGAAUCAUCAGAGCCGGAUACUGAACAGCUCUCUGUAUCACUGGAAAAACUUAAGUUUGAAUUCAAACUGAAGCAGCAGGAAAUCGAUAAGUCUGGAAAACAAGAAAAGGAAGAAAUUUCGAGACGGAAAAAUAUAGGAAAUAAUGAAAACUAGUCUUUUGAGAAUGGUAUAAAAAUUUAUUAAAAUUUUUUUUAUACAACAUACAAAAGUUCGCAAUGUAAAUUCUCUUGUACAUAAACUUAAGUAAAAUAGAUUGUACAGUAUUCAGCAAAGUUUUGGAUAUAUCUAUUAGAUUUUUUUACUCGAUUCUUCGAUCUUAUAUUCAAAAUAUUCAAAGUCUGAUUAUCGGUACAUUGGACCUUAAAUGAAAAUUAUUUUAGGUUCGAAAUAGCACCACCUUUUCAUUUUUGAUUUACUUGCCCGUUCACCCAAUAAAUAAUAAAUUCACUGGUUACGUAAAUUGACAAAGAAGAUAAUUGAAGAAAGAUGUUCAAAGUAAGGGACUUAUAAUAAAUAAUAAUUUUCAAGUCUA